AUGGUUCACUCAAUAAUUGCUGUUGGGAUACGAAGAUCUGAAGCUCGGCGGUCAGAUCAAGUUGGUAUCGCUGCCUCAGGCUCCAAAUGCAACGACCCACUGCCCGGCAACAUCGCCGAACCACGAUUGGACAAAUACGAAGAUGGCACGUCAACAAAGGGUCCUUGUGAUGCACGGGAAAUCCCGCCAAAGCGGGGGCUUUUACGCGACCCCCCUGGAGACCCAGAAAUCUUCCUGUCUCAUGGUGCUCAACCAUCCAUACCCAAUCUUACACCCAUUAUGUCAGAUCCACCUACCCUAUCACCAGGGAGCCAAUCAACCUUGGUGAUACGCGACAGGGAGAAGAGAAAAAGGACCAGUGCAUCGAAGGUCCGAACUGGGUGUGUGACCUGCAAAUCUCGCCAUAAGAAAUGUGAUGAAACUCGACCCGCUUGUCUUAUGUGCACUCGUGCUGGACGCGUAUGCCAAGGGUACACGGCGCCACCCGAUCGGAGAACCCGUGAAGUCAGAGAUGCGCGCACCGCGAAGACAAAUGGUGGUGCUCUAAACAUUGUGCAUGUGGGCCAGCGACAAGCCCAAUCCGUUGGUUUGGUCCACGUCGUCGAUGGUAGUCAAAUUGGCUUGUCGCGGAUGGAACGUGACUAUCUGUAUUCAUUCCGUUCGUAUACUGCUGGGCAGUGUGCUGGGUACCACUUCGACCCAUUUUGGCAGGUUCUUGUCCAUCAAGUCAGUGAAUCUUGCCCCGAGGUUCGUCAUGCAGCUAUUGGUAUCGGUGCCCUGCAUCGUAGGUUUUCGAACCCCGGUUCAAACCGGAAUGACAUUUUCCCAAUCCGGCAGUCCACAAAGGCCAUUGCUUGUCUUCGCACGGCUAUGAUGAAGGAUGACCAGUCGGACCCCUCAGCCAUGGAGAAGGUUCUGGUAGCCUGUGUUGUUUUAGUUACAUUCGCUCUAUUCCAAGGCGAUGUCGAUGCCGUUCGCUGUCAUCUGCAAGCUGGCACUAAACUCCUUUGGGGGUGGAGAAAGAAAAAUACAAACAGCCCUGUUGCGUCUGUUUUAUUACAUACAUUCAUACAGCUCCAUAUCCAUUGGGCAAGCGCUACGAGGCUCCAGGAUUAUCUGGGGGGAGGUUAUCCCUAUCUGCGAGAACUUAUCCAUGACAAUCUGGUCGAUAUCUCUGCAUAUACCGAUGAACUGUCAAAAUCGACUAUGACGGUGUUUAUUCAAUGUUGGGCCUUAAUGUUUAGUGAUCCCGUGUCGUUUGACCCGCAGACCACCAAUCUGUCGCAAGGAUUUACAUGGGACACCCCUGCGAACAAAGUCCAUCGACUUAGAACACAAGUGGAGGAGUGUAAUGCUCUUCACAGAAAGACUUCCUGCUCCACAAAGCUCCGUGCCUUUAUGGUCCUCCGGAUACAAAUUGAGAUGCUGCAGAUUAUCCUUGCCUCAACAACAUUUUCAGGCUCGGAAACAGAAUGGGAUCCUCUCCUUCCUCAUUUCCAAAACAUUGCCGACAAAGCAGAAGUGUUAUUGAGCGACUUCAAUCACUUGCCCGACCCAUUGUUUUCUGUCAAGGAAGGAUUCUUAGGAGCCCUCAUGUUUUGUGGGCUGAAGUGUCGAGACUGGACGGUCCGGCGGAAAGUGUUGGCUAUCUGCCGAAAAUACAAUCGACGAGAGGGAAUUUUUUCUACCGCUGAAGCCGUUCUCCUAUUACAGCGUGUGUACGACGUUGAGUCUGCAGGGAUUCCGCCAGGAGAGGAAAUACCCGAGUCCGCACGUAUCCCCCUAGCGUACAUCGCCGAAUAUCCCAACCAUUCGAAAUUCAACACCAAAACUCACAUCAAGUAUUGUGAUAGGGAUCGCAAUUGGUACAGUGAAUGGUUGUAA